GGCUUCGCGCUCCAGACGCGUUUGUCUGAGACUUGAGCCGACCAAACCAACCGCCCACCCUCCUUGCUCUCGAAUGCCUCAAGCAACAUGCUAUUCCGACGCAAGACUCUCGUUAACUUGCCCCCGGAACUCCUGUACAACAUAUGCGCCGCUCUUUUAGCCGACUAUUUCCAUUCUCUCUUCAUGGACGACGAGGAGCCGAGCUGGCACGCUCUCGAGAACCUCAUGCUCGUCUGCCGUAUCUUCCGCGAUGUCGCGGCCAAGGUUGUUUCGCAUGCGCUCAGGCUGAAGCAGCACGCAGACGGAAGCUGGGAGAAGAACCCCCGCGACAUUCUGCAGGCGAUGCGGAAGCGGGGACACUACUCGCGCCACGAUUCGGUCAAAUAUGUCGAGUCCAUUCUUGAAAUCCUCGAGUCCACGAACAGCAAGGAGUAUGACCUGACGCCACUGUUCGUCUACGAGGCGAUAUUCUCCAUCCACUCCAUGUUCACGCGCCUACGCACGUACUGCGACGGCAUCGACCCGGCGCUGCGGCUACCUGUUUGGAAGAGCACCCGUGGUAGCAUUACGCUGCUGGCGAGAAAGACGUGCACCCUCGCUGCUCGGUUGACGCAGCCAUUCCUCCGGGAUGUUAUGACCGAAGCUGCGACUGAUGUCUACUCCUUGGUCUUUUACGUAUCUCUGUUCCUAGAUAUGUACGAGCUUCUGGACAAGGCACUAUACCAGUGGGACGAGCUCGACUACAAGGGCCUUCCAGCAGAGGAGCAGGAGUGGGAGAGUUGCUUUACGCAAAUCAACAAAGGUCUCAAGGCCCUGAAGGAUCGUGACAUCGGGCUGGAGUGUUCCAAGGCCUCAGCCCUACGCCGUCAAGGCGGCAGUAUCUGCUUUAUCGAGAAGAACGGCUCACCGGAAGUCGUCAGGACCGCGUUGCUGACAACGGAUAUUUGCUUGAUCCUGGUUCCGCUGGCGGAAUGGGACUGGCACGACAAGCACGGUAUCAACGAGAGUGCCAAAGAUCUGCUAGACGAGCUCGAACCUUUACUGCCGGAGACCUACGACGUCCGUGCUCUGACUAUUGUUGAUGACGGAGAAUGAACAUAGUGCCGGAUCGUCGUCCUGAAGAGAGAAACCUGCUUUAUACCGCUGACGUUGCUGGUUCGUUGGGGGUGCAUCUUUAUUGCUAAUUUAUGUAAAAUAACAAAGAGAACCUGGAUAGAGUAGACCCAUUUAAUGUGAUUGUUUUAC